UUAGAUUUUCAGAUUUUUAAAGAAGUGAGGGAAAUGCUUCCACUUUAUCGUCUUAAUUUAUUAUUCAAUCAGAAGCUUUUGAAAAACCAAAAUUUUUUAUUUGCUCAUUCUCUGGCUCACAAUCAACAAAACAUUCCUUUUCCUUCAAUAAGAGAUGAACCAACAAAAAAGAAGGAAAAUUAUACAAGUGUUCAACGUGAAACAGAAAGACGUGAACGUAUAAAUCAAAUAUCAGAUGCUAUGAAUUUAUAUAUAAAAUCAAUUAAUGAACAAGAACAAUUUAUUAAAGAUGAAAUGGUUGGAUUUGAAAGGGGGAAAAGACAUUUGGCAAAUAUAAUGGGUGUUGAUCCGGAAACUAUGACUCAAGUUUGUUGUUUAAAUUUUUUGUAGAGAAUUGGGGAUGAGUCUUUUGGGUUUGAAACUUUUUAGGUGUGGGAUUUUUGGGGAUUGGCUGACGAGUCUUGCUUUUAUCGGGCUUGGGGCUGUUGGGAGAUUCACCCUGAAAUUUUUUAAAAGUAGAGAAUGGGGACGAGUCUUUGCUUUUAUUGGGCUUGGGACCCAAAAAACUUGUCAAAGCGGGGAUUAUG